CGUCCAGCAUCUAAAGGGAGAGGAGCUCGGAGUCAGACAGGCGGACGCGUUGCUUCAUCCUUGGCACUGCGCUAUAGCUCAUUCAGGACUUAACGCACAAGCGGUUAAACAGGGGCUGUCCUUUCCCUUUUGUACGCUAAUUUUGGUCAGGAAAUUUAAGGAGAGGUAAGCGCUGUGCGUCUUGUAGUCUGACAAGUUGUAGCCUCAGCUGCUGUUAAGUCUACUCUUCUUAUUUUCUACUGAUUAGAAAUGGAUUUCGUUCUGCCACCCACUCUGCCAACUGGUGGUAUCCCAUGGGAGAAGGUUUUACCACCUCUUAUUCCACGGCUGAAUGGGACUUAUGGACAAUAUAAUUGGUCCCCGAAUUUACUUAUUCCAGAGACUGAUAACACCUGCUCUGCAGAGGUCAACUGCGAUGACACUGGAUUUACAGUUCAAGUUGAUGUGAAGCACUUCAACCCAGAGGACCUAAUGGUUAAAGUGAUAGGGGAUUUUGUAGAAGUUCAAGGAAAGCAUGAAGAAAGAAAGAAGGAUGGUCCUGGUUUUACGACACGGCAGUUUAGCCGUCGCUACCGUAUCCCAAAGGGAGUGGACACCAUGGCUUUGGAGUCAGCGGUGUCUCCAGAUGGCAUCCUUAUCAUAUCUGCACCUAUGCUGCAAACUGAGAACUCCAGAUCCCUCACCUAAUCACAUUAAUACCACACACUCAAAUCACUCUACCAUCUUCACCAUGUAUGACAACAAAUGCAACAGAGGCCAAAACACACAGGCACAAACAGAAAUAACUUCAGGCUCCUCCAGUCACAGCAACACUCAGCAUGUGCCAAAACACACAUUUGUUCUGUUCCUGGCACUGUUCUAAUAUUCCCUUCUCUCUGAGGUUUGUAUAUACUGCUCUGCUAUUACUCAUCAACCUUACAUAAUGAUUCAAGGAACGAGUCUUUGUAAAUAUUCUGUGUUCACAUAUCAAAAUGCUGCUGCUUCUUUUUUGUGCGACUUUUGUAAAAAUGCACCAUAAUUGUGAUUAAUGAUGCACACAGAUGUAUCUCCAAAUUCUUUAAUGUGGAAAUAUUUCUUCCAAAAACAAAGUACAAAUAAACUUUAUUUCUUUU